AUGGCCAUUGUAGGAUCAGUUACCGGUGGCAAGCCGCAAUCAGUUAGAACUCGAAACAUCGCUGUUCUCUCAACUUUCGCUGUCAUAACCGGGUCCUGGAUGGUUUUCAGACUCAUGUCCCCGAGUCGGAAUAGAAUACUCAUUUCAAAUGAGGAACGGGAGAAGCUGCGUGCGCGCGAUCAACAGACGGAGUUCGGGGGCAAGACUGUAAGAAGGCCUUCGUCGAAGACCUUUGAGAGCCCUUGA